AUGUCGUUAAAAAUUGAGCUUAGGGAUGAAGAACAAGGGGUAACAUACACUAUUGGAGUAAGUCAGGAAGAAUUUAAUGAAAUUGUAGUCAAUGGAAAUUUAACUCUUGCUACAGAGCUGCUUCAGCAACAGCAAGAGAGGGACAAUUUCAAAAAAGCCUUUGAAUUUGUCCAUGAUAUUGAUGAUACUCCUGAAUGUUCUUCUGUCUCAACCUCAAGAACACAAAAAGAGGCCAUUAAGGAGAAUUGUGUGGACAAUAGAAUUGAAAGCAAUAAUUCAUCUAUUCAACGUGAUGGUAUAGGACAAGAUAUACAAGGUACUAUUCCAUCUAGUCUGGGUAGAUUUAAGCCUGUAUUUUCACAAGCACAGGAAAAGGAAUUGGCUGACCAUAUCAAAGAUCUAGAUAACAGAUUUUAUGGACUGCGUAUGAAAGAUGUUAGAUGGAGCCUAAAAAGAAGUGCUCUUGGUCGCCCAGAAAAAUAA